AUGGAGAUCUGUUGUAAGCAGCAACCCGUCUGUGUGUGUGUGUUUCUGUGUGCAUCAGGUCCGUUCACAGAUGUAGUCACCGCUAACCUCAAACUGAAGAACCCAUCGGAUAGACGAGUAUGUUUCAAAGUGAAGACGACGGCGCCUCGCAGGUACUGCGUACGGCCAAACAGCGGCGUCAUCGACCCAGGUGCAACUGUCAACAUCUCUGUUAUGCUACAACCCUUUGACUAUGACCCCAAUGAAAAAAGUAAACACAAAUUUAUGGUUCAGACGAUUUUCGUCCCAUCAAAUGCUGCUGACAACGACACCGUGUGGAAAGAUGCAAAACCCGAAGAUCUUAUGGAUUCCAAGCUGAGAUGCGUCUUCGAGUUGCCCUCUGAAAACGAAGUGAACGACAUGGAAGUGACGCGACCGGCCCCGGUGAUGAACUCCCUGAAGUCCGAGCCGACGGCUGCGGCCGCCGCGGGAGACGACACGGACUCGAAGAAGCUGGUGGAGAAGUGCAAGAGGCUGCAGUCGGAGAUAAACAAGCUCAGCGAGGAAAACAGGCAACUGAAGGACGAGGGAGUGAGGAUGAGAAAGAUGCAGCAUCGCCCAGACCACAUGACAUCAAACUCAACCAACAUCGUCGGCCGAGAAACCAGCGCCGCCUUCCUGCCCUCCCUCCUCGUCGUCAUAGCAGCCAUCUUCAUUGGAUUUUUCUUCGGGAAGUUCAUCUUGUAGACUGGUAUCGUGUACGCUGGCCAUAUCCCUUCGCUCCGGCUCCAAAAAGAAAAAAGAAAACAAA